UUUUUUUUUUUCUGUUCAUCUUUAUCAUCAACAUCAUCAUCAUCAUAUACCAUGAUCAUUAACGAAUAUCGUGUUAUUAAUAACUGUACUGAAGCAGAGUAUAAAAUUGCUCAAUUAUACGCUACUGCUAUGGCUUCAAAGAAUACGACAGGUGGUGGUGAAGGUGUUGAAGUAUUAAAGAAUGAACCUUAUGAAAAAGGGGAUGAAAAGGGUCAAUACACUCAUAAAAUUUAUCGCUUGGCAUCUCGUGUUCCCGCUUGGGUUCGUGCAGUUGCCCCUGCAGGCGCUCUUGAUCUUUACGAAGAGGCUUGGAAUGCUUAUCCUUAUUGUAAAACUGUUUUAAAGAAUGGUUAUAUGAAAGAUAAUUUCUCAAUUGUUUAUGAAACACUUCAUGUUGACGGUUCUCGUGGUGAAUUGGAAAACGCAUUAAAUAUUAGUAAAGAAGAUCUUAAGAAGCGUAAUGUUAUUAUCAUUGAUAUCGCUCAUGAUAAAAUUGAUCCCAAGGAGUAUAAGCCAGAAGAAGACCCUAAACUUUAUCAUUCUGAAAAGACUGGCCGUGGUCCAUUAACAGAUCCUGACUGGCAAAAGAAAGUAGAUCCUGUAAUGACAUGUUAUAAGCUUGUAUAUAUUGAAUUUAAAUGGUUUGGAAUUCAAAGCAGAACCGAAUCAUUUAUUGCCAAGACUAUUCAUCACUUAUUUACUAUAUUCCACAGACAACUUUUCUGUUGGACUGAUAAAUGGUUUGGCUUAACUAUUGACGAUAUCAGAGCUAUUGAAGAACAAACUAAAAAGGAUUUAGAUGAAAAGAGAAAUGUUGGCACUUCUCCUCUUGCACAAAACAGUAAAUAA